GUGUAUUGGUAAGAGGGAUGCAGGGAGAGAGAGGGAAGGGAUGUCUUGGAGAGAGAGUAGGGGGAGCUUUUUGUUGUGUUGUUAGUUAACAUUUUUCUUUUUCCAUUUUACAGUAAGCAAAGAAAAGGGAUAAAGAAGAAAACACACAUUCACACUCACACAAAACACAAACAUGUUUGAUGGAGUUCCAGACCAAUUCCACCAAUUCAUAGCCUCAAGAACUUCUGUUCCUCUCCCUCUCUCUUUCUUCCCUCUCCAUGGCUCAACACAAACAACCUUCCCUACCUUUGAUCCCUUUCCUUCUCACCAAACACUCCAAUUGCAAUCCCAACUUCUUCCUCAGCUCCACCACCCUCCUCCACCACCAACCACCCACAAAGCAGAAGAGAAAGAACAACAAAAUAGCUUCAUUUCAACAAGUUUAGAGCUUGAAAGAGAGAGAUCAGUAUCAGAGGCGAUCGAUCCGUGGUCUAAUGAUGAAGUUCUCGCACUCUUGAGGAUCAGAUCUAGUAUGGAGAAUUGGUUUCCAGAUUUCACUUGGGAACAUGUUUCAAGGAAGCUUUCAGAGCUUGGGUUUAAAAGAAGUGCUGAGAAGUGCAAGGACAAAUUUGAAGAGGAAAGCAGACACUUUGACAACAUGAGUACUUACACCAAGAACUACAGGUUUUUCAGUGAGCUGGAAGAGCUCUGCCAUGGUGAUAAUAAUCAAAACCCUAACAAGGUUUUAUCGGAAAGAAACCAAAAUGUCGAAAAUUUGUUUCCAAACAAAGAGGAUUCGAGAAAUGAAACAACAAACUCAUCUCAAGAAAAUGAAAAGAAACCAAGAGACAAGAAGAGGAAGAGACACAAGAGGUUUCAAAUGUUGAAGGGUUUUUGUGAGGAGGUUGUGAAGAAGAUGAUGGCUCAACAAGAAGAAUUGCACAACAAGCUCAUUGAAGACAUGGUGAAGAAAGAUGAGGAAAAGAUUGCAAGAGAAGAAGCGUGGAAGAGAGUGGAAAUGGAGAGGAUUAACAAGGAGAUUGACAUCAUGGCACAAGAACAAGCCAUUGCGAGCGAUCGUCAGAGUAAACUCAUUGAGUUCUUGAAGAAAUUCACCCCAAAUUCUUCUCAAAAUUCGUCUUCUUUUAUUCACCUUCAAAACCCUAAUCCUCCAUCUCAACCAAGUAGCCAACAAAACCCCAGUUCUGAAACCCUAGCACUACCCGAAAACCCUAGUUCUAAACUACUCAAUUCUUUCCAAACCCCUAGAAAUACCCAAAAAAAUCCAUUAUCACCCACUUCAUCAUCGACACAGAAAACCCCCCAAAACCCUAAUUCGGCACCCAACGAAAAAGAAGACAUCGGUAAGAGGUGGCCGAGAGAUGAAGUGUUGGCACUAAUAAACCUCCGGUGCAGUCUCAAUAGCGGUGGCAAGGGCGGUGGCGGUGGAGAGGACAAGGAAGGAACAAAGGGUCCUCUAUGGGAGAGAAUUUCACAAGGGAUGUUGGAAUUGGGAUACAAGAGGAAUGCAAAGAGGUGUAAAGAGAAAUGGGAGAACAUAAACAAGUACUUUAGGAAGACUAAAGAUGUGAACAAGAAAAGGUCCCUUGAUUCAAGGACUUGCCCUUAUUUCCACCAAUUGAGCGGCUUGUACAGCCAAGGAACACUCAGGCUGGAAAACCACUCGUCCGUCCCGGAAAACCACUCAGAUGUACCAGAAAACCGCCUCGACAGACCACCUCCAGAUGGGUCUAGUGGUGGUGAUGCAAACAUGCAUGUGGAUGGAGAAGGUGAGAAGAAUUUGAUUCAAGUACCAGCUUUUGAGUUUGAAUUUUAAAUUUAAAUUUAAAUUUUUUAUUUUUAUUUUUAUUUUUGGCUUGUUUGUUUGGUUUUUUGAGCUGUACCGUUUUUUCUGCCUGGGUCAACUUCAUAGUACCUUACUUGACAUAUAUGCUUUAAUAUGUAGGUAUUAUAUAUGUGAAGUAGUGUCACCGACGAAAUUUAUUUUGAGUGUUAUCUCAGCAUUUUAGACUAAUAAUUUAUUGUAUUUUUUU